UGCAUCAUCUUAGCCAAUAUAUGGUGAUAUACGGUCAGGGAUGUGGUUUUAUUGAGGGUCUUAAUGCCCCUUGAGCCAGCUGGCUGAGUUAUGUUUGCCUUGUCUUCCGUGGUGAUAAAUCUGACAUUUGUAGGUCUGACUGGGUGAGAUUACACACCGCAGGAAUUAGGUUCUGUAAAUGAUGCUCUGUGUCCUGCCUGAAGACUUUUACUCAUAAUGACUAAUUGAGUCUGUCCCUUCAGCUCUGGGCUAACCAGAGAUAUUUGUGUGAGAGAAAGUUUUAAACACUGCCAGAAACUAUGGGAAGGGUGUUCAAGGGAAACACAAGUUAUAAAAUAUCUUACUCCUAAUAACAGUCUUAUCAAAUCAUCUUACUGGUAAUAAUUCAUAGCUUGUCAAUGAUGUGUAAUUGUCAUGCUUGAUGCCGGUUGCUCUACUUUUCCUUGUUGAUUUUCUGUUAUGACUGAUUUCGCAAAGAGCGUUAUUGGAUUGUUUUCUUUUUAAGUUUAUCAAGAUUUGUUUCUCCCUGUGACCCUGACCAGCUCAUGGAUAGAUGGAUGGAUGGAUCUGUUUCUGUGCCCUUCUGACCCAUCCUUCAUUAGCAGGAGAGGUGUCCUUACGUCUGUGGAGGCCACAUACAGGAAGGCACCGGUGCUGCAGCCUUUGGCUUCUUAGUCUGUAUGAAGUUAUGUUCUUGGUUUCAUGUGUGUGGGGAGGAACUGAAGAUGAUCAAGGGGAGAAAGAGCCUUCAGACAGCAUGGGGGUGCUUGGGGGCUCUGGGAAACUGUACAGCUGCCUUGCUUCAUGCCACUACUGCCCUUGUCCGGCAUUCGCCUUCUCUGUGCUGCGGAAGAACAACAGCUUGCUGUGUAAACACAUCUUGGCAGUGCACCUCUGCCAGGCCAUGGGUCUGACCCAGCAGGAGUCCGUGUCUGACCGGCAGAUGUCCGACGUUCUCUCUGGGCUGGGAAACGGAACAUAGCCUCUGCAGGCUCGGUGGCAUUUGGUUGACUGAGCCUGAGAGCCGCUUCCAGAGAUGGCUAUAAAGUGAAGCAGUGCAGGAAGUGACUGCAGCCAACCCGACACACACGCCCUCAACCACGUGACGGUGCCUUCGCUGGAGGUUACAGCUUUAUUUCCCUGAUGUUAAUCGCUCACACCUACAGCAGUGUCUGAGUCUGGGGAAAACGGUUGCAAGCACUUCCUGAAAUACAGACACACUUUACUUUGAUAAGGUUAUUUAAGUGCUUUCCUUCUGAUCAAAUACUGAACACCUUUUAAAGAAAUGUUACUUUUAUUAAAAAAAAAAAAAAAAAAAAAAUCAGUUCUUACAGAUUUUUUUUUGAAUGAGCAGUCAUUAUGUACAGUUGCAGUAAGUUUGUACUGGUCAUGUAAUUUACCUAGCACAGCCCUAAGUAAAGGAAACCUGCCAUCAGAUGACAGAUGUUAACUUAUGUUAGAGAGAGAGAUUUUAUAGGUUAUGACCCUGCAAGUUGGUGGAGUUAAGCUUGUUCUUUAGUUAGAGAAACCAGGGUUUUCCUGAUCCUGUCACUGCUCCCUUUUAGCCCUUAAAGUCCUCAGUUUCAGGUAUGCUUUCCUUUCAAAACAGCCUAUUUGUGAUUUUGACUUUGAAAUAUUAACUCCU